CUCACUUUUCCGCCAAACUCUGGAGCGCAGCUCUAAGGAAAAUCGAGCGCUGAUAAUUAUAUAUGGCCAUCAAUAUUUUACUUCGAUUCCGUGAUAAAUACACAACUUAUCGCAAGCCCAAAGAGCCAGCAGAUCAGGUACGUGAAGAGGGUUCUAUAGAGGGUAUUUUAUAACCCUAAUAAUUUAGGAUUUCGGAAAAGAAGAAAAAAAAAAGGCAAAUAUCUGGAAAAUAUUCUUGCCAAGAUGAAAUUUUUUGUCGCUUCGCUCUUUUGGUCAGCAUCAUUUGCAUUUUUAUGCAAAAUGACGCAAGUUGAGGCUCAAAGAAGGAGCAGUUUCGAAUGCCCACCGGCUGAUCUCAUCUAUCCCUGUGAGUGCUCCAUGCAUCCGAAUAAAAUCGUUACGUGCAAUGAUGUGAAGAAUUUGGAGACUGUUCGGAAUGCACUGGAGAAUCGCUUUUCGAAGCCAUUACCAAAGCUACAAAUAACGAAUGUGCAUACAUUUUCACUACCGCAUAACGCUCUUAGAAAUAUUUCAGUCAGAAAAUUGGUUCUGAAUGGCAGCAACAUCAGAAAAAUUCACGACGAUGCGUUUUAUGGACAAGACUCUCUCGGCUUGCUGAUCUUGUCCGAAGACAGGCUCACGGAAUUUCCUGCGGAAGCCCUCAAACGUCUGACAAGCCUGCGAACUUUGAGUUUGUCGGGAAACUUUCUAAUGAAAAUAUCUAGAGAGUCUUUGGAAAAUCUUCACCACCUCUCGUUCUUAGUCCUCAGCGAAAACCGCAUCUCUCAAAUCGAACGAAACGCCUUCCCCAGGACUUUAGAAACGCUAUUCCUGUCAAGAAACCACCUGACAUCUCUAAAUGGAAGUAUCAACUACCUGAGCAGGCUGGAAGUCCUUUACGUCAAAGACAACAGGUUAACGACUGUCAAGGAGGACUUGAAAGGGUUGACGCAGCUUCGACACUUGGAUCUCGAUAAUAAUAAGAUUUCGGACAUUGAAAAUAGCUUCAACGACUUGAAAGCACUGGAAAGUCUCAGCUUAGCUUACAACAAUUUGGAAACAAUUGGAAAUAAUUUAAAUCACCUCACAGAAUUGCAACAUCUAAACCUAUCCCAUAAUUAUUUGACUGAAUUGGAUGAAGAACUGUUUGAAAAUCUCAACGGAAUUGAAGUGUUAGAUUUAUCCGGAAAUUUCCUAAAAUCUAUUUGUCCCACCUUAGCUCCCUUGAAAGGGUUGAAAGUAUUGAAUUUAUCAGACACGAAUCUUUUAUUUCUGGAUCAUGGCUGCUUCCGUGGUAUGAAGAAUUUGCAAUCUUUGGAUGUAUCCCACAAUGAGUUGAGAAGUAUAGAUGCAAUAACCGGACACUACUUCCCAAAAAUGAUAUUUCUCUACCUUCACCACAACUAUUUAUCCACCUUGAGACACGGCCUCAAAAACCUCAACAGCCUGUAUGAACUAGACAUCAGGGACAAUCACUUAAACUCUAUCAAACACCAUCAUCUAAUGCACAACAGGAUGCUGUCAGUCUUAAAAAUUUCAGGAAAUUCUUGGGAUUGCAACGAUCAAUUCAUCCACCUUUUGCGAGAUUUGGAAACCAGAGGAGUGAUUGUAAUUGGAAAACAAAUGUGUUAUCUAUCCGAAAAUGUACUAUGACCUCCGGCAGAGAGGGUGCAUACUCCCAAAAUUACACACUGAACUGCUAAAAUACGUGAACCAACGAAAGAUAAAGAUGGUCAAUAUUAUAAUUGCAGACAAAAUCUAGAUUAUUAUUUAAUUUAGACCAUGCUCGUAAUAUUACACACUGAACUGCUAAAAUACGUGAACCAACGAAAGACAAAGAUGGUCAAUAUUAUAAUUGCAGACAAAAUCUAGAUUAUUAUUUAAUUCAGACCAUGCUCGUAAUAUUACACACUCAACUGGUAAAAUACGUUAGCCAACGAAAGAUAAAGAUGGUCAAUAUUUUAAUUGCACACAAAAUCUAGAUCGUUAUUUCAUUCAGCUCAUGCUCACAAAAUAACACUCGGAACUAGUGAAAUACGUGAGCCAACGAAAGAUAAAGAUGGUCAAUAUCAUACUUGCAGACAAAAUCUAGAUCAUUAUUUCGUUCAGUUAAUGUCAAAUUCAGAUAAAAACAUAUCUGUCAUAAACAUAUAGAAGAUAUAAAUUAAUAUCGUAAUAAAUUAUUUACCUUCACGACAUGAAAAUGUGAACUAAAAAAUAUUCUUCGACAAAAGAAAAUUUUCGAUGAUAAAUAAUCUAUAAUUCUGGAUUAAAUGUUUUAACAUUUUUUAACAAAGAACAUACCAUUUAUCCCCAACUGAAAAUGACAUUCAAGUGUUACGUUAGUAAUCAACAAAGAUGUCCAGUUAUACUACCAGUUCAGAUAGAACACGAGGUCUGUCAGAUCGAACAAAUUGAUAAAGGAAAAUAAAAUUAAAAUCCACUGUCGCCUUCAUUCAUGAGUUAUGACAGCUAAAAAAUUAUUUUUAGAUAGCAUAUUGAAAAAUAAUGUAAUCAUAAAAAUAUUAAUGACAUAAAGAAAAGAUAUAACUUAAUUUUAUUUAUAUUAACACGAAAUAUGCCUCAAUUUUUUUUCAUUGACUGAUAAUCAUUAGAUUAUCAAAAAUACUUUUUCUACGUAUUUCGCAGAAGUGGAAUACGUCAGCCAUAAAUCAUUAUUAAUUCAUGUUUGCAAAACUUUUCAGUCUCAUAAAAUUGUAGCAUUAUUUCCCACUUUUCAAAACUUCACCAAUAGAAUCGAUUAUGUGUUCCGUAGUAAAUGAUGAUGGCUGCCAUUGGAGUUUUUACAAAGAACGCAGCUUAUUUAUACUAAGCUGUCUGCAAUGACUAAGAAAUGCAAUACUGUAUAUUUUGUGUCAGUCUCUGUAAUGUAUAUUUGUAAUUUCCAAAGAUAAAAUAAAAUGUUUCUUGUGAUAUAC